AAGCUGGCAGAGCCCAACAGUGGAGGAGGCUAUUGGUGGGCCAUGACUAAUGGCUGUGGCACAAACUCCGAGAGGAGGCGGGGCCUGACGCCGCGCCUCGAUGUUCGUGUGAGGCGCGCGUAGUAAAAGGCGUAGCGGGCUGCGUCUGUCUUGGUGAUAGUUGGUCUCAGGUGCGGUAGCUGAUGGCGGUGAGGAUCGGGGCAGAGUAAACGGCUGUGAGGUAAGGGGGCAGGGUAGGAUCAAAGAAACGCAGUAGUAGGAUCGAGCGGCUUCAUUGCGUCAGAACGAGACGGGUUGGUGUGAGUGAAGAUAACGGCUAUCGGCUCGAGAAGCUUCCUGUUUGCAAAGCCUGGCGACCCUCCUUUUAGGCCGUGCCUCCCGGAGGAUUGAAACAAGAAGGGAGUCCGAACAGAAAAGUUCCCGGUCACUACUGUGCAUGUAAUCGCAAGGAUUGCACCAAUGGAGGGCUGCUAUUCAGUUGAAUGAAGAGGAAAGCAUUGAAUCUGGAAGGAGCUAUGACAGCAGGUGGAGGAACUGAUGAUGAUAUUCCAUUAGGAGAGAGGAAGACAGUUACUGAUUUUUGCUACUUAUUAGAUAAAUCCAAACAGCUCUUCAAUGGUUUAAGGGACUUACCUCAGUAUGGUCAGAAACAAUGGCAGUCAUAUUUUGGGCGUACUUUUGAUGUUUACACUAAACUCUGGAAAUUCCAACAACAGCACAGGCAAAUUCUGGACAAUAGGUAUGGCCUGAAGAGGUGGCAGAUUGGAGAAAUUGCUUCAAAGAUAGGACAACUCUACUACCAUUAUUACUUGCGUACUUCUGAGACCAGUUAUCUGAAUGAAGCAUUUUCCUUCUACUCUGCAAUCAGACAAAGGGCUUACUACUCCCAGGUCACUAAGGAGGAUAGGCCUGAACUUGUAGUUAAAAAGCUACGGUAUUAUGCACGAUACAUUGUUGUUUGUCUGCUGCUCAACAAAAUGGACCUUGUUGGAGAUCUAGUUAAGGAACUAUCUGAUGAAAUUGAAGAUUAUACACAUCGAUUCAACACUGAAGAUCAGUUAGAAUGGAACCUUGUGCUACAGGAGGUAGCAGCAUUUGUUGAGGCAGAUCCUGUGAUUGUGUUAAAUGAUGACAACAGCAUUAUGGUCACCUCAAAUCGCUUGGCCGAGGGAGUAGUCCCACCAUUGGAACAAGGCAUGGUAGCAGGCCAGCUGGCGCUAGCAGAUGCACUAAUCGUUGGAAACUGCAGUAGUCAGGUUAAAUUCAGUGAGUUAACUAUUGACAUGUUCAGAAUGUUGCAGGCUCUAGAACGGGAGCCCAUUAAUCUGGCUUCGCAAUUAAACAAGACUGGAAAUCAGGAAUCAACAGAGAAACCAUCAAAACGAGAAAAUCCGCACAAGUAUUUGCUGUACAAGCCAACUUUCAGUCAACUGUAUACAUUUCUUUCUGCAUCUUUUAAGGAGCUGCCUGGAAAUAGCGUCCUCCUGGUCUAUCUAUCAGCUACUGGUGUGUUUCCUACAGGCCGUUGUGAUUAUGAAGGUAUUGUAAAAGAAUGCUUCCAGUUACUUGUAAGGCAAGAAUUGAGUCCAAAACACACACUCACUGGUUUGCAGGAAGGAACUGUGGAAGGUCCAUAUGAUUUUGGUGGGGUGCUGACCAACAAUAAUCGUGAUGCAGGAAGCAUGGAAGUAAUACAAAAACGCAACAAUUCGUUUAAAGAAAUGCAUUGUCUUCAUCCUGGUGAUUUUUUCCCUUUCACACGAAAACCAUUAUUUCUAAUUGUGGACUCUUCAAAUAGUAUAGCAUAUAAGAACUUUAUCAACUUAUUUGGCCAACCUUUAGUCUGUCUGCUUUCUCCAACAGCAUAUCCCAAAGGUUUACAAGAUCAAACUCAACGUGGCAGCCUUUUCACUCUGUUUCUGUAUAACCCACUGAUGGCAUUUCUGUUUAUGUGUCGACUCACAAGUAUGAGAAAAGGACUGUGGGAUAAAUGUCAGGAAUACCUUCUAAAGAUAUAUAGGGACAUAGCUCACUUGCUGACUAAAUCACGGACUGUGGAUCAAGCAUUCCUUCAAUUUUUUGGUGAUGAUUUUCUUCGAUUGUUGUUGACCCGGUUUAUUCUCUGCUCUGCAACCAUGAGACUUCACAAAAUGUUCAGGGAAACUCGGAAUUACCCGGAAACAUAUCCACAGUUGCAGAAAGAAGAUAGUGUGGAGAAUCCUGCACUCCAGAACCACAUUUUAGAACUGGCUUCCAUGCUGGAUGUUAGAAGCCUUUUCUUAGAAAAGACCACAGCUGAAUAUUAGGAAAAAGGCUGAAAAAUAAAUUUAACAACUUAUCUGAGGCCAUUGGUUCUGAAGACAAUAUUUUUCUUUGCAUCUACCGUUUUGGAUAAUUGAAACAGAAUUCUUUCUGAUCGAACAAAUUCUCAAAUACUGACUUAUCUGGCAUAAUUAUUUUCUGUAAUUAUGUGUUCCAUAAUCAAUGUAUAAGUGUAUUGUGAAAAAAAAAUUAACAUGGUAGGAUACAAUUUUAAAGAUGAUUUUUAAACAAAAAGUAGCGAAAAAGGGCAUUUACUACAAAAGCAAUAGUAGCUUUUUGAAUGAUUCAUUUAUCCAUCCUAUGUUAUGGUUAAACACUAGAUGUCAAUAGGGUUUUGAGUGUUUUAUAAGUAUCUCCUGCCAGUAAUACAUGGAAGAAAAGUUUAAAUAUUACCCAUGAUAUUUUGUUUCAUUUUGAGAGUUAUAGUUAAACAUAUGUGCUCGUUGUUGUCUUAUUAGCAAAUCUUUUAAUGGUAACUUUUAGGAUACUUAAGAGAAAUCAAUAGUCCUGCUAUUGGACCUUUAUUGCAAUUGUAAACAACAUGUCCUGAAAAACACUGUAUAUAAUGGUAUAGAUUAUGUGACACUCCCAUACUGCACUGUGACAGUCGAGCAUGCGUGAAUGAUGAUUGAGCAUGAAAACUACCAGGAGUCAUUCAAGGCAGAGUCCAGUAGAUUUAUGGUAGGUUUGCAUAUGUAUGUUGCUUUACACUAUUGGAAUUAUGACAAAGCAAGGUGACAUUACAUCUGAUGGCUUCCAGUGCAAUCUGAUAUGUUCCAUUAAAUACACUUGAGUAUGAAAUAAUUGAAGUUACUUUUUUUUUGGUUAAGCCUCAUUUUGAGGAAAUAAAGGAUAUCUUUAAUUAUACUGCAUCUACUCAUCUUCCCUCUUUGAAAGAGGAAUUAUUUUAUUGGUAAAAUUACUAGUAGCUAUAAUUUAAUGUUUCUUUGUUCCUGAACAACUGGUAGAAAUUAGUAGUUAGUGUUCUCAACACAAACCAUGACAGGUCACACAUCUUAUGGUUACUUGUAUUGUGUUGCACAACUAAUUUUAGUUCAACCAUAAGACGCUGCUACAUUUUUAUACAUGGAUACUUGAAAUAAGCAAGAUUUUUUGUGUAAAGCUUGGGUAUUCAUACCUUUGCCAAAUAUACUUUGUAUAUUAAUAUUAAAGUAAAAGAAACAAUCUUUCCUGUUAUAAUCCAUCCAUGACAAGUAUCAUGACUAAUAAAGUUUCACUUUAUGCCUGUGA